UUUUUGAUGUUAGUACGACAGAAUUGAGGAGCGAGCUAGAGGAAAUUAGGAAAAGAGCAAUGGAAUCUUCUCCAAAAGCAACAAACAGGCCUCACGCCGUGUGUAUCCCACACCCAACACAAGGCCACAUAAACCCAAUGCUUAAUCUGGCCAAAUUGCUUCACCACAGAGGCUUCCACAUAACCUUCGUCAACACCGAGUUCAACCAUAAACGAAUGCUCAAUUCUAGAAGAUGCAAAUCCCUCGACAUCUCGCCGGACUUCCGUUUCGAAGCUAUACCGGACGGUCUUCCUCCUCCUCCGACCGGCGAUGAUGAUGAUGCCGUUCAACAUGUUCCAGACCUCUGUGAAUCAAUCGGAAACAAGUGCUUGUUAGACCCGUUUCGCAACCUUCUUGCCAGGCUCAACGAGGGCAGAUCGUCUAAUGGCUUCAGUACUGUUAAUCCACCGGUAAGCUGUAUUGUUUCAGAUGGUAUUAUGACAUUCACUAUUGAAGCUGCAGAAGAGCUGGGAAUACCGGUUGCGCUCUUUUGGACUGCCAGUGCCUGUGGCUUCAUGGCCUAUAAACAAUAUUGGGAUCUUGUUGAUAAAGGUCUUAUACCACUCAGAGAUGAAAGCUACUUAAGAAAUGGAUAUUUAGACAACACUAUUAUAGACUGGAUUCCUGGAAUCGAAGAGAUUAGACUGAGAGAUAUUCCAAGCUUCUACGUAAAUAGUAGCACAAAUGCAAAUGAGUACACAAUGAUGAAAUUUAUCACAGCGGAGAUAGAGGCAACUUCUAGAGCUUCCGCCAUAAUCAUAAACACUUUCGACACGCUGGAGGACAAAGUGUUGGAAGCUAUGAAGGUGUUAUCACCUCCCCUUUACACGGUGGGGCCCAUUCAUGAGCUUGUGAAAAUGGCUCCAACGACUCCUAUCGGAUCCAAUCUCUGGAAAGAACAAGUGGAAUGCCUCCAAUGGCUCAACUCCAAGCAACCCAGAUCGGUGCUUUAUGUCAACUUCGGAAGCAUCAUCUUCAUGACCUCAAGUUCCUUUCAGGAAUUCGCUUGGGGUUUGGCCAACAGCGGGAAACCCUUCAUCUGGAUAGUUAGGACUGAUCUCAUUGUCGAUAGUGAUUCAGCAGUUGUUCUGUCGCCGGAGUUUCUAGAAGAGACGAGAGGGAGAGGUUUCGUGGCGAGUUGGUGCCCGCAGGAGCAGGUCUUGAGCCACCCGUCUGUCGGGGGGUUCUUGACGCAUUGCGGUUGGAACUCCACCCUCGAGGCCUUGAGUGCUGGCGUGCCCAUGAUUUGUCGGCCGUUCCUGUCGGAGCAGCCGACCAAUUGUAGGUUUUUGUGCACCAAAUGGGGCGUCGGUUUCGAGAUCGAGGGAGGAGACGUUAAAAGAGAUCAAGUGGAAAAGGUUGUAAGGGAGUUGAUGGAUGGAGAGAAAGGCGAGGAGAUGAGAAGGAAGGCCGUUGAGUGGAAGAGAAAGGCUGAGGAGGCCACUGCGCCUGGUGGUUCUUCAUGGCUAAAUUUUGACAAGAUGGUCAAGGAGGUACUUACGGCAGCAUCAUCAAUGUAAGCCCUAAGAUUAUUGGACGAAUAAGUCUAAGAGCACCAAUAGAAAGUGGACCAAUGCUAUGAGACUAUUUGAUAAGACUCGAUUUCUAUUAGUUGCGGUGCUUAGUAUAAGUUUUGUUACUCCACGGUUGUAUUUUACAUUAUAUUUACGUGAUUUUCGACCAACAAAGGAAAUACAUGAUUUCUGUUUUAUUGUUGAAGAUCCCAUUCUUCCGCUGAAUCCCCGUCCAUCUUGCAGCUUCUGUUGGGUUUUUGUGAGUUGAAUGGCCAUGUUGUGAACUGGGCUUAUGUGAUGGGGAAGGGUUGAGAUUGGAUGUAGGUGGAAGUUUCAAAUAAUUUGUUUUUUCUGCAGAAAAAC